UUUCCAAUGAAUAAAACACUAAAUUCCCGUGCGUAGUAUUCAUAUUAAUUUUUAAAAUCAAAAUUAUACAUGUAAAAUUACAAUGUAUAUUUUUUAUUACUUAAAGUUAUUUUUUUGUUUACUAAUUAUUUUUAAAGUAAGUUAUAAUAAUGUUAUGUAUUAUAUUUUGUAUGUGAUAUGUCACAGCCGUCAGCCUCGGCUAACUUCUUCGUUUUGACUUUUCAGUCUGAUAACAUGAAUCACAUGAUACACAUGUUAUUUUAAAAUAAUGUUUUCCCCUUGAAAAGUAUCUAUGUUUAAGUGUAAUUAAAAUUAUGUGUUUAUCUUUGUUUUUUAAAUAUACUCUAAUCAUUUGUGGUCAAAGUUUAGUAAAGUAGAUCAAGAAGUUUUUUCGUAGCGGUGUCAUUUCUGCAAUGGCUCUCAGGAAAGUCAGAGGAAACCUGGAACGUAUGUUUGACAAGAACUUGACAGAUUUGGUGCGUGGCAUACGGAACAACAAGGACAAUGAGGCCAAGUACAUUGCCCAGUGCAUGGAAGAGAUCAAGCAGGAACUGCGGCAGGACAACAUCGCGGUCAAGGCGAAUGCUGUGUCCAAACUCACCUACCUGCAGAUGCUGGGCUACGACAUCAGCUGGGCCGGCUUCAACAUCAUUGAGGUGAUGAGCUCGGCCAAGUUCACCUACAAGCGGAUCGGUUACCUGGCGUCCUCGCAGUGCUUCCACUCUGACACGGAGCUGCUGAUGCUGACCACGAACAUGAUCCGCAAGGACCUGAACAGCCAGGGCCAGUACGACGCGGGUCUGGCGCUGUCCAGCCUCUCCUGCUUCAUCAGCGCCGACCUGGCGCGCGACCUGGCCAACGACAUCAUGACCCUGUUGACGUCCACCAAGCCGUACCUGCGGAAGAAGGCGGUCCUCAUGAUGUACAAAGUGUUCCUGAGGUUCCCCGAGGCGCUGCGGCCGGCCUUCCCGCGUCUCAAGGAGAAGCUGGAGGACCCGGACUCUGGUGUUCAGUCGGCGGCUGUGAACGUGGUGUGCGAGCUGGCGCGCAAGAACCCCAAGAACUACCUGAGCCUGGCGCCGGUGUUCUUCAAGCUCAUGACCACCUCCACCAACAACUGGAUGCUCAUCAAGAUCAUCAAGCUGUUUGGCGCCCUGACUCCCUUGGAACCUCGGCUUGGUAAAAAGCUAAUAGAACCGCUCACAAACCUCAUCCACAGCACGUCUGCUAUGUCGCUGCUGUACGAGUGCAUCAACACUGUGAUCGCAGUGCUCAUAUCCAUAUCGUCAGGGAUGCCCAACCACAGCGCUUCCAUACAGCUGUGCGUGCAGAAGUUGAGGAUCCUCAUCGAAGACACAGAUCAGAACUUGAAGUACCUCGGUCUGCUCGCCAUGUCGAAGAUCCUCAAGACGCACCCCAAGUCUGUGCAGGCUCACAAGGACCUCAUCAUGCAGUGUCUCGAUGACAAAGACGAGUCGAUCCGCCUGCGGGCUUUGGAUCUGCUCUACGGCAUGGUGUCCAAGAAGAACCUCAUGGAGAUUGUGAAGAAGUUGAUGGUGCACAUGGACAAGGCUGAAGGCACGACCUACCGGGACGAGUUGCUCUCGAAAAUAAUACAGAUCUGCUCCCAGAACAACUACCAGUACAUCACCAAUUUCGAGUGGUACGUGAGCGUGCUGGUGGAGCUGACGCGCAUGGAGGGCAGCCGGCACGGCGCGCUGGUGGCGACCCAGACGCUGGACGUGGCGAUACGCGUGCAGGCCAUCCGGCAGUUCGCCGUGCAGCAGAUGGCGCUGCUCUUGGAGAACGCCCACUUCCUCACCUCCGGCUCGGCGCAGCGCUCCACCAUGGCGGAGGUGCUGUACGCCGCCGCCUGGAUCUGCGGGGAGUUCUCCGAGCACCUGACGGACCCACACGUCACCCUGGGCGCCAUGCUGCGCGGCCGAGUGUUCUCGCUGCCCGGCCACAUCCAGGCCGUCUACGUCCAGAACAUCCUCAAGCUGCUGGCCAACAUCCUCGGCUCCUCGGAUGACGUCGACCGCGUCAACGAGGUGUGCGAGAUGGUGGCGGGAGGGCUGCCCCAGUUCGUCUCGAGCGCUGACCUGGAGGUGCAGGAGCGGGCCAGCUCGGCCCUGCAGUUGGUGCGAUACCUGCAGAAGCAGGCGGGGAGGGGAGAGGGCGCGGCGCUGGCGGCGGAGCUGGCGGGGCUGUUCGUGGGCGAGCUCAACCCCGUCGCGCCCAAGGCCCAGCGCAAGGUGCAGCUGCCCGACGGACUGGAUCUGGAUGCAUGGAUCAACGACCCGCCAUCUGAGAGCUCCACCGAGGAAGACCAGGACUCCGGGAACGAGAUCGCGGACAUCUUCGUCAAAUCGGACAGGAUCUCAGAUGGCUACUUCGGCACCAACAACCGCAAGGUCCCGGAGCUCACGGAGGAGGAAAUGGAGAAGCGGCGAGAGGCGCGCAAGCUCGAGCAGGCCAACAACCCGCACUACCUCAAGUCCUACCAGAACAACAAGUCCGGCUCCGGAUUCAACAGCAACGGUCUGGACGAUUACGCAGACAUACCCGUGGCGGAGAUCGAUCUGCCCGUGGCCCUCAAGAUACCAGGUCUUGCCUCAUCUGACAAAUACUAUAACUCUGAGUCCAACAAGAAGCACAAGAAAGUCAAGAAGAAGAAACGGGGCAAGAAAGGCAAGGUUGCGUCGAGCGAAGAGGACGAGGAGGAGAUGGAGCCUAGCGUGGACAUGGCUACCGUGGUCAACACGGACAUCGGAGAGAUGCCGGAGGGGGCCCAGCCCUCGGAGGGCGAGGACGACGACCUUCGCUCCGUCGACGACCCCCACAAGGCCCUCGACAUCAACCUAGACGAGCCCCUGAGGGAUGAAGAGAAGCUGCCCGUGCCGGCCCACAGAGUGCCGGAGGCUGUGCCCCUGGAGAAGAAGCAGUCCAAGAAGCACAAGCAGAAGGACAAGAAGAGCAAGGAACAUCGCAAGCAUGCUCACAAGCAGCAGCAGCGGGAGGAGGCUCAGAAGAAGGCCGAGGACAUAGACUUGUGGCUGUGCCAAGACCAGUCGGAGUACCAGGAAGUGACGUCGGACGGAGAGCGUCCGAGCGCAGUCGGGGCCGAGAUCGCCGCGAACGAUGACGACGAUGCCGCCGCCGUCAAGAAGAGCAAGAAGGACAAGAAGAAGUCCAAAGACAAGGAGAAGAAGCAGAAGAAGGAGAAGGAGCGGGAGAAGAGGAAGCAGGUGGAGGCGGCGGCCAAGGACGGCUACGAGGAGGCGGCCGGCAUAUCCACGCCUUCCAAGGAGGUGAUCGGCGAGGGACUGCUGGACGGGACGCCCGCCCCCGGGGGCCCCUCGCAGCCCAGCGCGGCGGCCACGUACGCGCGGCUGGCCGGGGACAAGACGCUGGAGCUGAUGUUCGAGCCCAGGUUGCUGCCCCUGGAAACAGAUCAGAUUGUGAUAUCCGUCUACAUCUCCAACCUGAGCACUUCGCUGGUGAAGGAGCUGGACUUCAUGGUGUCUGACACUCCGACGGUGAAGCUCGUCCGAGGGGGCAGCGACAGCGAGUGCGGCGUGAAGCUGCCCUUCCACCUGGCCCCGCGGGCGUCCAGCGAGGCGCAGUUCGCCUUCCAGGUCCUCGACGUGACCUUCCCGCAGAAGCUGCGCGGCACGCUCACCUACAUGGUCGAGACGUGCGACGGGGUGUCGACCCACGAGAAGCUGGACUUCUGGCUGCCGCUGGCGGUGUCGAGCUUCCUGGUGGGGCGGCUGCCCCAGAGGGACACCGUGGCGGAGCUGCUGGCCGGCGGGCAGCUGGCGUGCCGCUCCUCGCUGCAGCUGGGCGCGGCGGCCGAGGGGGAGGGGGGCUUCUCGCGUCUGCUGGCCCGCGUCUGCCUGCAGUGUCGCCUCGUGCUGGUGGAGCAGCAGGACUGCACGGCGUCCCUGUACAGCCGCUCCCUGCGGGACCACCACGUCUGCCUGCUCGUCAAGCAGUCUGCGGGACAGCUGUCGGUGGAGGGGAAGAGCAACAGCGAGCCGCUCCUCAACAGCAUCCUGUCCGAGAUCAAGGGCGUGCUCUCGGCCCCAUAAUGCAGCUGCCUCCCUGCAACAGUCCCGUCCCGCCUGUCUCGCCAUCGCAGCCGCGCGAGAACGUCAACUAUUGUGUAGAGGUUAUUUUUAUAACUUGGUUCACAAAUAACCAGAGUAACGAGGUUUUUUUUUUUCUUGUGGAAGUUACUGUAUCCUUGUUUCUGUUGUGCGAUACUUCAUUUGUGUCGGCCUCGCAAUGGGCGGCACCGUUCAAGCCUGCGGUUUAGCUUGCAAACGGCACCCGUGAACUUCGUCGUCGGGAGGGUGGUUCUCUUGAAGCUGUGUGUGUGGAAAAUGUAUUGCUUACGUUCCUCGUUUGAGUUUCUAAGCGACUCGAGAGAAGUUGCUGUUCCCCCAAGUCAGUGGGCUGUUAUAAGUUUAAGUUCUAAGUGCUAAGUGGUGCUCGUGAGCUAGCAAGUGCAAUUAAUGUUGAUGGGUCACUAACCUGAGUUUACCAAUUACGUGCAAGCACGUUUAAGAUACUGUAAUCGGUUGGCAGUUUUGGGAGUCAUACAACAAAACUAAUGUUUGAUAAUUUAAUUCUGUCAAAUGUGAAUGUGCAUCAUAGUACGGUGUAAUGAAAUUUUAUUUACAUGGUAUAUUGAAAAAAUAAGAUCCUGUAAUGCAUUACAUGUUUUUAAGCAGAAGAAUUUUGCCACACAACUCAACCUUUCUAACAUUGUUUUUAAAAUUUAUGUAUAUAUUUAUUUUUAUUAAUUUCUUGAAAGUGUACAGGGAAAAGUAAAGCACUUUCUGAUUUUGCGCCUUAACUUUUAUACUACCUAACUUACCAGUAUAUGAAUAAAUUGUAUAACUAAUUCAUUCCAUAUAUCAACUGCUAGUCUCGUAAAAGAACUCUGCCACAGGUAUUGUUGAUUCAGUGAAUUUCCAAGAUUAGUAAAUGUACAUAUUUGGGGAGUUAGGUCAGCCUGUUAUGAUAACAGCUUAGUCCAUUUAUUACUCUCAGGGGCAUGAUUAUACAUUUUACUUUAUAACACACAAUGUUCAUUCCAUUUUGGGUUUGAAAAACUUGACUUCAUAAAUGUGUACUGUGUUUAUUCUUUUUUCCACUAUUCCUUUGUUUCAAAUAAAUUUAAAAAAAAAAAAUA